AUGUUGGCUCUCACGGAAGGCCGCGUGGACACGCGGCUCGCCAGCUCCCCAGGGGAGCUCAUUCCGCGGGUUCACUACACGCAGGAGGAAGUAGCCACGUGGGGGGAGGUGUACCGCAAGCUGGCCGGGCUGUACCCGACACACGCGUGUAAGGAGCACGUGGACGCCUUCCGUCUCUUGGAGCAGCACUGCGGCUACAGCGAGGACUCGAUCCCACAACUCGAGGACGUGUCCACGUUCCUUCUGGAGCGCACAGGGUUCCAGCUGCGCCCCGCGGCGGGGCUGCUGUCGGCGCGAGACUUCCUGGCGAGUCUCGCGUUCCGCGUGUUCCAGUGCACGCAGUACAUCCGCCACGCGUCCUCGCCCAUGCACUCCCCCGAGCCCGACUGCUGUCACGAACUGCUCGGUCACGUGCCCAUGCUGGCGGACAGCACCUUUGCGCAAUUCUCACAGAACAUUGGACUGGCGUCUCUGGGAGCGAGUGAUGAAGACAUCGAGAAACUGGCGACGCUCUACUGGUUCACGGUGGAGUUCGGGCUCUGCAAGCAGGAGGGGCACGUGAAGGCGUACGGGGCGGGGCUCCUCUCCUCCUUCGGGGAGCUCGUGUUCGCGCUGUCCGGAGAGCCCGAGUACCGCGCCUUCGAGGCGGAGGCAGCGGCGCUGCAGCCGUACCAGGACCAGACCUACCAGCCCGUGUACUUCGUGUCAGACAGCCUGGAGGACGCCAAGGACAAGCUCAGGCAGUACGCGCAGGGCGUGCGCCGCCCCGUGGCUCUGCGCUUCGACCCCGUCACGCGCUCCGUGCACGCCCUCGACUCCACGCGCUCCCUGCGCACGGCCGUCGACGCCCUCCAGGAGCAAGUGUCGGUGCUCUCCUACGCCCUCUCCAGGAUGGCCUAGCGCCCACCGCCCUCUUCCUCCUCUUAGUCCUCGGGGGAGUGAGAUCAACCCGGUUCCCCGCCUUCGCUACUGAAAGCUGCACCCCCCGCACCCCCAUAAGGGGCAGCUCUUGGAGGUCAAGUGCGUGUGUCUCGACUGUGCGACAGCUGUGAAAUCUGGCAGAGGGUAGAACGCGUUGGCGAGGUGUGGUGGCGGCGGCAGCAUCAACGUCUUUGGCCACGAGAUGUUCAUCUUAAUGAGCUGCCAAAAGGGAGGUCAGUCUGGUGGUGCAGGGUAGCGGAGAAGCUCCCCCACCCCACUCGCCCGGCCUGCUGAAUGCGCGAGAAAGCAGUCCCCUACGUUUGUGGACACGUGGACCGACUGGGUACCUCGCUCGUAGACACGUGCUCAAUAAGCUGGUGGACGGUGGACACGUGUGUCCUCUGGGUCUGUGUACACGCGACAGGCGUUUUCUAAACGGAUAGAAGUCUCAUAAAUUGAAAACGUGGGCAUCUAUCUCCUGGGUCAAAGGUGUCCUUUAAGUGAAACAUCUAGGCAGAUGUGCUCUGGGCUGAUGAGACAACUUUCCUGGGCUGGUGAACACGUAGACGUGUCCUCUCGGUUAGUGAACAUAGGGACACACGUGUCCCCGAUGUCAGGGUUCUCGUGUUAGGGGCUACUGCGUCAGGGCGAGUUUGUGGUUAGGGUCGUGAAUGUCCGAAUUGGCCUCAAGUCCCCCUUGCUGUGUGACCGCAUUUGUCUGGCUGUCUCUGCGUGUCUUGCCGCUGUCUUCAUGUCUCGCUGUCUCGCUGCAUCAUUAAACGCGUCUCCCCGCC